CUCUGCAUAUCAGACGGGAAAUCUUUCUAUAAUUAUAAUCAUAGUCGUAUCCAUAUAUUCCGCACUAAAACAAACACAUUUGCCUGAUGGCUCUGUAUGACCUUUGUAAGCCUUGCAUUCUGCCAGUAUCGCUUUACUUUCUGCAACCUGGUCGUAACUUGCCAGUAUCGCUGAAGCCUACACUGUGCUUAAGUCGUCGUAAUCAUGAGACGCAGUUGACAGACAACCACCUGGCUGGCCCACAAGACAGACACGCACUCAUUCAUAUACGAGCACUUCUGGGUCACCAGCGUACAGAAGGCAUUUGUUGGAUGAGGCGCAUGGCAUAUCCUAAACUAGGCGUCCAACAAUGAGGCCUUGCGGCACAGUCUCUCAUCGCCCGUUGGUGAUCGACAAGCAAGCGUUGCGUCGUUGUCGUUGAAGUCGAUAAUACGUAAUGUAAUACGUACUGUACUGUUCCAUGCGCCGUUUUGCAAAGAUGCUGUGGGUCAGUAGCUGAAUAAUAAAUCCCUUGAAGAGCCCUGCAUGUAUGUAAGUUACUCAUGCUGUAACCUAUGUAUUUUGUAUGAUUCAGAUUCAGAUUCAGAUUCAGGAACAACGUCGAUGCGUAGCAUCGGCAAGGCAUGAAAGAGAUGAAGAGAAGAAAGAACCAACAUCUUUAUGAAACCAACAUCUAAUUUCUAAUUUAUGCUGUGUCGGCCAAUUAUAAUCACUACACGACUUUAUAGAGUAGCCUACUCGAGGCUACUCUACUUUUAGGCGCUCAAAGACCCAUCUGGGGAACCUCCCGCACCGCACGCGAACUUCUGGUCACGACCAACACGUCCCUCCAGGCUGUUGCGCCAUCACUCCUCCCAACCAUCAUCGCCCAUUCGAUAUAUAUGUUGUUCUUGGAUACUUCAUAAUCACCGAUGCCAGAACAUCGCCCAGCCAUUUUUUUAGACCCUCGAUUCCACCGCCUUUGUCCGCGAAUUGCACGACCGCCCCUGCUUCUUUGGCGGGGUAGCCUUUCAUCAUGGGAGUUACCAGCAGCAAACCGGAGGAUGGCGCUGCUCUCUACCUUAGGGAUCAGUCUCGCUUCUCAAUCGCAUCUCUUGCGGUGACGAACUCGAAACGCCGCGUCGUUGCCCAUGUCGUGCCAAAUUCGUACCCAGCGACGAAGGUCAGCGCGAGCCGUGACGCCAGCGAUCAGAGCAUCGUUGAAUAUGUUCAGGACCCGGACCCAUCACCCGCCUCCUCCGCCGUGCCGAAUUUUCUUGUGAAGAUCAACAACGACGAGGAGCUCACAUUCACAUACACACUCAUCAUACGCCAGUCACAACAGCCAUCAUCACCUGGAAGUGGUUCUUCCCGCGACGCCUUGGUCGAUACGGCGCUCAACGGACUCACAUAUGUGUCCGCAUCAACUGCCAAGGAGGUGGAAAACUUAGUCACCCUCGAGUUCCAUGCCGAUCCGAAUCUACACAAGAAUGCGAAUGUCCAGCUUGUUGGCGACUACGCAACCGGGGGGAGCCAGUCCGUGUCAUUCGACUGGACGUGGAAAUGGAGGCCCCCGAAGCCCACGGAGGACAAAGGAGGCGGCUGGAGGAACUGCUGCAGCUUCGUAGAAUACGACCAGCGAGCCCACCGGUUAAAUACUCUGGCGACAUUCUCAUUCUGGGUCCAUAACGUCCAGUAUCUUCCCAGCGGUCCAAGUUCGCCUUCCCAGCUGUUUGCGCUGAAUGCGCCUCCGAAACUUCGCGUCCCCUCGGCACAAUCUGUAGACUCGCGACAGAGCGUUCUCGAUUCAAAGGACUACGAAGACAUCCCAUCUCCCAUACUAGCGCCAGCUGAUGGUCCGCCGCAGUCGUCUGGCUCAGGAAAGCUAGAAUUACCAAAAGUGGACGUUUCGUGUCAGCGGCCUGGAGAAGAUCUCAGCGCCACUGAAGAUGGGCCCCUGUUCCGCGCGACCAUGAAGUCGUUGGAGCAGAAGACGGGGAAUAUGCGCGCUCGCAUGAAGAAGGUCAUUAAACGGGCAGAGGCAGCCCACAUGGCGCAAAUCGAAUGCAAUGAUGCAAUGUCUGGGUUCAUGGAAGCUCUUAGGGAAGCAUCCUCAUCGAACGCGAAUGCGGUGCAGCCAGCGUUAGAUCAUUACUUCGACAAAAUCGCGAAAGAGAUAUUGCUUUAUGAGAAGCAGAACACUAAGAAUUUACAGAGAAUUAUUAUAGACCCUCUGAGCAAGGUAUAUGAGCAAGAUAUUAAGAAAGCAGAGUCCAAAAAGCGAGACUUUGAGGAGGAGAGCAAGGAGUUUUAUUCGUAUGUUUCGCGGUAUCUCGGACAGCGUCAGGAUACUAUGAAAGACAAGAAGCGGGUAGAGAGCGAUACCAAGUACCAGGCUAAACGGCGGAAUUUCGAGCUGAAGCGGUUUGAUUAUUCCUCCUUCAUGCAGGAUCUCCAUGGUGGACGGAAAGAGCAAGAAGUCUUGUCGCAUCUGACAAAGUACGCCGAUGGCCAAACUAAAAACUACCUUACCACUGCGAAGAAGGUGGAAGCAAUGCUUCCGCAGCUUGAAGCGCUCAGCACCGAAGUCAAGGAGGCCGAUAAGGAGUUCCAGUACAUGAGGACAGAGCGCGAGGAAAAGCGACGAAACCUUGAAAUGAGCACUGUUACCUACAUCGAGCCAGAGACUGUUCCACAGUUGGCGCGCCCACCGCAGUCAAGUAAUGGCGCCGCAGGUACCUCUAAUACUGCUCAUCUCUCGGAUUCGGAUAUCGGACGAGCAGACAGCUCAGCGUCACGAUUACGACCGACUGUGAACGGCAUUACCAACCCACCCCUCUCGAUAUCCGUAAAAAGUGCGCCAUCAGACGGCUCAAAACCAGCCACUACGUCUGCAAGUGUACCUCUGCCAAGCCCUAGAGAGUUCAGUAAAUUCAAGGGAAUCCGGGAUCUAGAGGAGAAGGAUUACAGCCUCAGCAGCUCCAACGAAAGAGUUGGUACGGAGAGGAAGGAGGGACUUUUGUGGGCUUUGAGCAAGCCCGGUAGCCAUGUCGAUCCAAAGGGACUCAACAAGCAGUCUUGGCACAAAUUUUGGAUCGUCCUUGACCAAGGGAAGCUUUCCGAAUACAGUAACUGGAAGGAACAGCUCGACCUCCACAUGGACCCUAUCGACCUCCGCUUGGCAUCUGUUCGAGAGGCCAGGAAUGCCGAGCGGCGGUUCUGCUUCGAAGUGAUCACUCCCCAUUAUACCAGAGUAUACCAGUCUACAUCACAAGAAGACAUGACAAGCUGGAUAUCAGCCAUCAACAACGCGCUUCAGAGCGCCAUGGAAGGCCGAGGCGUUCAGGACAUUGUCGUAGCCCCAAGAGCUCCACAGGAAGGAUCCUCUAUCAGGCGCGACAUCGGCUCCAUCCUAACGGGCAAGAGCGGUUCCCUGGGCCACGCCGCUCACCAAUCCAUCAACUCCUCCGUCCUCAACAAAAACGACAUCUUCCGCCGCACCACCGUCGGGGCGCGCCCCGCCUACCAGCGCAAAUCCAGCGCCGCCCUCGACGAGAGCCCCGACAAGUUACUCCAAGUCCUCCGCGAGGCCGACCAAGGCAACUGCUGGUGCGCCGACUGCGGAUCCGGUGUCAAGACGGAAUGGGUUUCCAUCAACCUCGCCAUCAUCAUGUGCAUCGAGUGCAGCGGAAUCCACCGCUCCCUCGGCACGCACAUCUCAAAGGUCCGCUCCCUAACCCUCGACAUCACCUCCUUCACCGCCGAUAUCGUCGAGCUCCUCCUCGCCGUCGGCAACCGCAUCUCCAACACCAUCUGGGAAGCGCGUCUGGACGCCUCGCUCAAGCCCUCCCCACAAGCAGCGCGCGACCAGCGCCUCAAGUUCAUAACAGCCAAGUACGUCGACCGCGCGUACGUCGCGCCGCUGUCACCCACGCUAUCCCGCUACGGUACGCCGGAUGAGACGCUCCUAGCUGCUAUCAAGAAGAACGAGAUCCAAUCCGUUCUAUACGCCCUCGCUCUCCGCGCUAACCCAAACGCAACCGACAAAUCCCGCGCCACGCACGUCGUCUUCCUCGCCCUCGCGGCCGCGGAUCCGGCGUCUCCUUCAUCAUCGCUUCCGCCAGCGCCGCCGCGCACAGCAGACAAGCCGAAGAGAGUCGCGUUCCCGGUCGCGGAGUUGCUCGUGCAGAAUGGCGCCGAGGUACCGGCUGCGCUGCCGGCGUUCCCGCUCACUAGGGCCGCGAAGCUGUAUGUGGAUGUUAAGCUUGGGAGGGGAGAGAAGCUAGGGGAUCGCAUUGCGCCGUUGCCUGGGGCAGGUGCUUUGGGGGCUGGUGCUGUUAGUAGUAGUCCUGCGGAGAAGGAGAGGGCGAGGGAGGCGAGGUUGCAGAAGCGUGUUAGUGCUGGGGGACGGCUAGCGAGGGCUGUGAUACCGGAGAGGUGACGCGAGG